CUCGUAGUUGUCUCGCUUGCAUGCCAGCUGACAGCUGCGCGGGUAAAUUAUAACCUUUUAAUUAGCGAAACACAUAAAUUGCUAAAUAGCGAUUUUGCGCUAACACAAUGACGUCUAAUGGUGAACAACCCCUAAAUCUGCCAUGGGUCGAAAAAUAUCGUCCAAAAAAAUUGGAUGAACUUAUCUCUCAUGAGACGAUAAUAAAGACAAUAAAUAAAUUCAUUGAUGAGAAUCAGCUGCCUCAUCUUCUUCUCUAUGGACCUCCUGGGACAGGAAAGACGAGUACUAUAUUGGCUUGUGCUCGUAAACUUUAUACUCCAGCUCAAUUCAAUUCAAUGGUACUAGAACUAAAUGCUUCUGAUGACAGAGGUAUAGGUAUUGUACGAGGUCAAAUCUUGAGCUUUGCUAGCACAGGUACAAUGUAUAAAUCUGCAUUUAAGUUAAUCAUUCUGGAUGAAGCAGAUGCCAUGACAAUUGAUGCCCAGAACGCACUCAGAAGAAUUAUUGAAAAGUAUACAGAUAACGUACGCUUCUGCAUUAUAUGCAAUUAUCUCAGUAAAAUCAUUCCGGCUCUGCAGUCUCGUUGUACUCGAUUUAGAUUCUUACCACUUGCAGCUGAGCAAAUAAUACCAAGAUUGAAUCAUGUCAUUGAAGCAGAGAAUUUAAACGUUACAGAAGAUGGAAAGCAAGCACUAAUGACACUCAGUGGUGGUGAUAUGAGGAAAGUAAUAAGUGUACUUCAAAGCACAUGGUUUGCUUAUGGCAUAGUAAAUGAGGAGAAUGUAUAUAACUGCGUUGGACAUCCAUUGCCAAAUGACAUACAAAGCAUUGUAAACUGGUUGCUAAAUGAGCCUUAUGAUACAUGUUACAAAAAUAUUCAAGAGCUGAAAUUGAACAAAGGCCUCGCAUUACAAGAUAUAUUGACGGAAAUUCACUUGUGUGUAAUCAAAAUUGAUUUUCCCGAUUCGAUAUUUAUCGAUUUACUGUGCAAGCUGGCAGAAAUAGAAAAACGAUUAGCCUCUGGAUGUCGCGACGCUAUUCAAGUAAAUUCCCUUAUAUCUGCGUUUUAUAAAGUUCGCGAUAUCGAAACGUAAGUGAGUUGUCGCAUAGAUGAUUGGAAAAUGUUUUGUAAAUAUGAAGAUACUAAGUAUCAUUUUUCAAGUUUCUGUCGUAUUUUUAUUCACUAGCAACGUAUAUAUUUUUGGAAAUAAGUAUUCUAUUUUUCUACUGCUUAAUAAAAUGUAUAUCAUAAAUAGA